AACAUGGAAAAGUCUGAUUGUCUUGAAAUGACCCCUUUAAAUUCCAAACUUUUCUACCCACAUAGACGCAAGGAAGAACUCUGCCCAGUGAGACCAUCUGCAUGCAAUCAGCCUCCUUUGUCACAUCUUCAUCAGUGGACUGGUCCAGAGAGGUGGUUCGAGACCCUUCCAUCAACACUAUCCCUCUGAACUGUUGGGCUAUUUUCUAUCCCCGACGAGCAGCCGAUCAGGCAGAGGAGCUGGUGUCCACAUUCUCCAGGGUUGCCGGACCCAUGGGCAUCAGAAUCGAGCGACCCAUCCGCGUUGAGCUGCGAGACGACCGAACCGAAACCUUUGUCAAGAGCAUUCACUCUCAACUCACCAGUGAACCUCGUCUGCAGCUGGUUGUUUGCAUUUUGACGGGGAACAGAGACGACUUGUACAGCGCCAUCAAAAAGCUCUGCUGUAUUCAGAGUCCAGUACCAUCACAGGCCAUCAAUGUGCGGACCAUCUCUAAUCCUCAGAAGCUCCGAAGCAUCGCUCAAAAGAUCCUUCUGCAGAUUAAUUGUAAACUGGGAGGAGAGCUGUGGACAGUUAGUGUUCCUCUGAAAUACCUGAUGGUUAUUGGAGUGGAUGUUCAUCAUGACACAAACAAGAAAAGCCGAUCUGUUAUGGGCUUUGUGGCAAGUCUCAACAGGUAACUGAAAUGAAAUGGUUUUGAUUUGACUGGGUUGA